GGUAGUUUCUGCCGGUUGAAGCCAUGGAAGCAGUCCGUUCGCUACCCAUCUCCUCCGUCUCUUAUCUGCUCCGCGGCCGCCCAGCCCUGCCGUCGAAACCCCCCUCCAAUUCCAUCUCCACCUCUUUCUUUACCCGGCGAAAGAGGAGACCCUCACCCGCCGGAUCGGCUCCCGCGCGCGGCCCUCGCGAGUCCUUCCGCAUUAGCUCGAACGUCAACGGCGAGAAGGCCGACGAGUCCCGGUUCUUCGAUGAGGAUGGCGUGGUGGAAGACAUGGACGGCUACCUCAACUACCUAUCACUCGAGUACGACUCCGUCUGGGACACCAAACCCUCAUGGUGUCAGCCGUGGACCAUAUUGCUUACUGGAGUUGCAGUAGUUGCAUGUAGCUGGACUAUUCUUCAUUCAGCAGCAAUAAGUGUUGGAUUAUCCAUUUUGAUAUGUGGAUGGUGGUACAUCUUUCUGUAUGCAUAUCCUAAGGCAUAUUCAAACAUGAUAGCUGAAAGAAGAAAAAGGGUGAGCAGCGGAAUUGAAGAUACAUUUGGUAUUGAAAAGAAAGGAUGAUAGGAUUCAGAGAACUUGACCGAGGAUCAAUAGGUAGAGAAGGAGAAAGAAGAGGAAAAUUUCUGCUUGGACUGCUGCCAAGUGAGUUCUUUGGUCCUCCUUCGCCAUAUCUUUCAUUUUCACAUGUUAGUUUUUUUUUUUAUCUCGAGUUGGUUUUCUUUACUUUUGUAUAAAAACAUUGUUUUGGUUUUAAAUACUUUAUGGUAAGUCGAUUUUUAUUUUUUUAGAAAUUUUUUUUUGGCUGGAACCGAUGUAGUAUCCUAUUCUUUGUCCUAUGUCAGUCUUUUUAUGGAGCCAAUUUUUUUUUUGCCUUAUGGUAAGACAGUCCUUAGGUUUGA